GGCAUCCCAUCAUGGCUGGGGCAAAUGACGCGAACCCGUCCUGUAAACUCCACACAAGACUGAGACUCUGGGAGUUUGCAGAUCGUUAUAUAUUUGAACCAAUUGAUGGUCUUGCUGACUUUUAUUUGUCUGUUAGCCGGGCUAAUGGAUCAAUGAAUUUAGUUGAAGAGUUGCCACCACGUAGCCCCUCCACGAAUCCUAAGGUCCGAACGGUGUAUGGUGUGAUAGGAGUGCUCAAACUUGCAGUUGGGUCGUACUUUCUGGUGAUCACCGACCGUGAUUGUGUGGGAUCCUACUUGGGACAUGCAAUUUUUAAAGUGACAGGAUUGAAAGUUCUUGCCUGCAAUAACUCGCCAAACACUUCUUCUGAGCAGAAAAAAAUGGAAUCUGAUAUAUCGGAACUGCUGGAUGCUGCUGAGAGGACCAUGGGCCUCUACUUCUCCUAUGAUAUCAACUUAACACUUAAUUCACAGAGGCUAUGUGAUAUAGAUGACGAGUUCAAAUCACGUCCUCUUUGGAGACAGGCAGAACCGAGAUUUCUAUGGAAUAGCUACUUGUUGGAACCUCUAAUCGAGAACAAACUGGACCAGUACUUGUUGCCAGUCAUUCAAGGCAGUUUUCAGAAUAUCCAUGCAGAAGUUGGGUCAGAGAAGGUAGAUGUGACCCUCAUUGCACGUAGGUGCACGGGUAGGAUAGGUACUCGUAUGUGGAGACGAGGAGCUGAUCCAGAGGGUUAUGCCGCAAACUUCGUCGAAUCAGAGCAGAUAUUGCAAUCAAAAGGGUAUACAGCAUCCUAUGUACAAGUACGAGGUUCUAUGCCAUUCUUGUGGGAGCAGAUUGUUGAUUUGACAUACAAACCUAGCUUUGAUGUUGUUAGACAAGAGGAAGCGCCACGUGUACUUGAGAGGCACUUUAGUGACUUAAAAAAGAAAUAUGGAGCUGUCUUGGCUGUUGAUCUUGUCAACACAGGUGGUGGUGAAGGGCGACUCCGUGAAAGAUAUGCAAAAUCCAUUGAACCUAUUCUCAACGAUGAUUUAAGAUAUGUGCAUUUUGACUUCCAUCGUAUUUGUGGUCAUAUUCACUUCGAGCGCCUUUCUCAGCUCUAUGAGCAAAUUAAGGAUUAUCUGAAGAAACACGGGUACCUCCUAUUGAAUGAGAAAGGCGACAAACUUCAGGAGCAGGAUGGCACUGUCAGAUCAAAUUGUAUUGACUGUUUAGAUCGUACAAAUGUAACUCAGAGCAUGAUUGGGAGAAGAAUUCUGGAAAGCCAACUUCAACGAAUUGGGAUUUUCAGUGAUAAUGAUACAAUAACCAAGUAUCCAGAUUUUGAUGCAAGCUACAAAGUUUUGUGGGCCAAUCAUGGAGAUGCCAUAAGCAUUCAGUACUCCGGAACUCCUGCAUUGAAGGGAGAUUUUGUUCGGUACGGGAAGCGAAGUGCCCAUGGAAUUUUAAAUGAUCUCCAGUAUUCACUUGCUAGAUACUACUUGAACAACUUUGCUGAUGGAACAAAGCAGGAUGCCAUGGAUCUUCUUCAAGGACGUUACACCACAUCUGUUAGUCGGGACAUGGCAGCUCCGACCAAAGCAGGAUUCGUAGAGAGUUAUGCGUCCGUCCGUAUUGCUUUUGCGCUGGUUUCUGGAGCUCUUCUGUUCAUGAUGAUGUCACUAAGACAAGCUCGAAAUGAUUCUCGUCAUUUAUUGCUGUCACUUCUGUGGGCUGGUCUUUGUAUUGGCAUCACACACUUUGUCAGAAGCAAUGGUCGGGUGUUCACAAACCGACCUCGUUCUCACAAGUCACGGGACUGAUGGAAGCAAAGCAACCAUUUUGUGUGCCACGUACACUGCCUGAUAGACUAUCAUUCAUCAGACCAUGGCAGCACUUUUUGUGUAUGAAGAUCUAGUUACCACCCGUCCUUUUCUCCUGAAGAUCCUAUAUUCUUUAUUCCUUCAAGUUCAUAAUGGAAUGUUGACCAGUAAACAGGUGUUCCUAGUCGCCACAAAUUAUUUGCAGUAUCCGGGCACGAGCUGAUAUUUGCCUUUGUUAUGCUGAAAUGGGAAAGUGAUGUUUGUCCAGAGCUUCUACAGUUAUUUAGAUUGGGGUCUCCAAUUGGUAGGCAUUGCCAGCUGACCUGGAGCAUGUGCACUUCUUUGGUCGGUGCACAAACCUGUGUAUAUCACGCAAAAUCUUGCAAAUGAUAGUUUUGCUUCCUUCUUGUGAAUGAGACAAUGUAAGAUUCUGUAUAUUGUAAAGUGGCAUCGCAACAUCUCUAGUUGUGUAUGGCAGCUUGCUAGCUUAUUCAUAUACAAGACUGCACGUGUUUGUCUGUUUUUUCA